GUGUUGUUCAAAUUUGAUAGACAGUUGACAUUUCUCGCUUGUUUAUCAAAUCCAAAACACACGAGGGAGACGAUUUCAAUUAAAUUAACCAAAAGGAAGCUUCCCUUGAAUUUAUGUCCUAUCUAUCCUGAUUGAAUUUCGGGAAAAGUUCCUCAAGAUGAAUUCAUUUGAAAUUAAAAUACUCCCUGGAAAGGGUCGUUCUAUGAUAUCUCUAAAAAGCUUUGCUACGGGAGAUACAAUUUUCGAAGAAGAACCUUUUGUAUCAUGUCAAUUCACAUGGAAUGCAGCAUAUGGAUAUGCUGCUUGUGACCAUUGCAUGCGUCCUUUGGAAACAACAUUAGAAAAUGUCCGCCGGCUGGCCAAUAAUCCAGCUUUGGUGGUUCCAUUUCCUGAGCAUUGUCCCACACUCAAUUGGGUUCCACAGUUUACCGUCUGUUCGAAAUGUAAAGUACGAUACUGUUCUGAAGACUGUCGCUUGGAAGCUUUCAAGAAGUACCACAAAGUAGGAUGUAUGGGUCAAUUUGUCGCUGAUGACAAACAUCCCAUUAAUCUUCUAAGAGAUAUUUGGAAAGAAAUGCACUAUCCUCCAGAAACUGGUACCAUAAUGCUCAUUGUACGUCUAAUGGCGAUGUAUGAACAGAGUCAAAACAAAACAGAUUUCUUAGAGGCAUUGCAAUCCUUCCAAAGUUCGGCAGUCAAUGCUGAACAGAAAAUUUACCACAAAAUUUUGGGUGAAAAUUUUGAAACUCAAUUGGAACAGUUAUUUAUGGCUUUUUGUAAUGCCUUCAAUAACGAACAGUUUGCAGUUUUUACUACACCUGAAGCAUUUAAAUCUCUGAUGGCAUUAAUCGGAACAAAUAGCCAAGGAAUUGCAACUAGCGCACUUGCUGAGUGGGUGAAAAAGGUCUCAGACUUGCCAUUGGACGAAAAAGCCAAACAAGAACUUGAUGUGUAUAUUGAUGACCUUUAUAACAAAGUUGGAGAAUUCGCUGGUGAAUUCCUCAACAACGAAGGUUCUGGUCUCUAUCAACUCCAAAGCAAAAUCAAUCACAGUUGCGUACCGAAUGCUCAAUCAAGCUUUCCCUACUCAAAUGAUAUUGUUGUACUAAAAGCCAUAUCACCAAUUCAACCUGGCGAUGAGAUAUGUAUUUCAUAUCUCGACGAUUGCCAAUUAGAAAGAAGUAGGCAUUCAAGACAAAAGGUUCUAAAAGAAAAUUACAUUUUCUUGUGCGAAUGUCCAAAAUGUAAAGAACAAGCUAACGAUCCCAACGAAACAAGUGAAGAUGAAGACGAUGAUGAUGACUAUGAAAUGGAUGACGAUGAUGACGAUAUGGAUUAAAUACAACAAAAAAAACAUCUUCCAAUAAUAAUUACUGUUAUAUUUUUUUAAAACAU